AUGCGUGGGCUGGCGCGCCUCCACGCUGCCACCACGAGAAAUGCGCUCCAGGACGCCCUAGUCGAACCCCUGCUACGAGAGUCCGUCUCUUUUGGCUCUAGUCAGAUCCCGCUGCUUCAGUCGCAAACCAAGACGACCGUCCUCAAGAUGGCUCAAAUACUGAACCGCUACCCGUGGUUCCGGAGGUAUAAGGACAAGUUCUUGCAAUUCGCUGACACAAUGCUGUUGCGAGCUGUUGAAGCCGUUAGUAGCUGCGACAACAAACUCACUGUCAUGCUGCACAGGGACUUCCAGAAGAACAAUAUGAUGUUCCAGUACUCAAACGAAGAGCUCGAAGUCAUAUUCUACGAUUAUCAGGGAGCCCAUAUCGGAUCUCCAGCGGAGGACCUGCAGUACUUUCUGCACACGAGCACCAGCCUGGAGGUGCUGCAGCAGCACACAGACCUGCUGCUGUCUGAGUACCACAGCACCCUGCAGCACACGUUGCGCGCCCUGGGGCUGCAGCAACAGGCGGACGCCUACCCGCUGGAGCAGCUGAGGACGGAGAUGCAGCAGCUGGCACCAGUAGGGGUCUUCUGCACCUACAACCUGCUGCCUGUCAUGCUCAACCUAGAGGCAGUCGAUUUCGACCUCGAUACAUCGUCACCCAACUAUGCUGCCAAUGUGGACAAGUUAUUAGAGAAAUGCUACACAAAUCCUGAGUAUUUGUCCUUUGCCGAGUACUUGACGCCAUUUUUUGAGAAGAACAGUCUUCUAGAAAGUUGA